AUGACUUCCAUGGCGGCGGAGUCGGUGGCGACCAUUCUCGUCUCCUGCAAACAGACACGCUUUCACAUCGAAAGCCCAAAUUACCGAGAGCUGGACAUCGAGGGACUCAACAUCACUGUGGUUUCGACCGCAACCCCUGGCGUGAAGACCGCUGGAGGGAAAGGCAAGGCGAAAGCCACAAAGUCUGACGGCACUGAGGUUCUGUCUAAUGCGAAACUGAGACUGAAGGCUGGGCAAAGAUACGCCUUGAUCGGAAAGAAUGGAUCUGGAAAGUCGACUUUGCUGAGGGCCAUCGGAGAGAGGUUGAUCCCUGGGAUACCCGAGCAGACUCGGAUCGCAAUGCUGCAGCAGACCGAUGCUAGUGAUUCUGAUGCUAAUAUGCCACCUGAUUAUAAAGCUGCUGCCUCAGGUUCGGUCAAUACCGUCCUGCAAGAGGUCGUGGAAAAGGCAACGGCAAGAGAUGAGCUCGAGCGAGAGAUCUCGGUCCUAGCUGAUGGAGUGAACAGUCCGGAAGGGCUGACGACGGUGAAAGCGCUGAGAAAAGUCAAGCAUGAGAGGCUGCUGAAGCGUCUCUUCGUGAUUGACAAAAACGCCAGGCUUCGCAGUGGUGCUCGAGGCAUGCAGGCUCGGAAGGAGCUGAUCGCUUUUGAGAAGGUAGUUGCAGAAUCAACGGCGUUGCAGGAACAAAAGGAUGAGGAGAUAUCUAGUGAGACACUGGAGGCGGAGGUUCAAGAGGCUACAGACAUGCUCGCAGAGCUUCAGGUUCAAGUAGAGCCGUCCAAGCUCGCGGAUAUCGAAUCGCGGGCCAACAGAAUUCUCUCUGGCCUUGGAUUCUCAGAAGCCUACAAGUCAAAGCCCGUGUCUGAGCUCUCAGGUGGCUGGAAAAUGAGAACAGCGCUAGCCAUAGCAUUGUUGCAAGAGACAGACAUCCUGAUCCUCGACGAACCGACCAAUUUCCUGGACCUUCUCGGCAUAAUAUGGCUGCAACGAUACCUCCAGUCCUUCGAAGACUCUCCUGAUGCUCCUACUCUGAUUCUGGUGUCCCAUGAUCGCGACUUCACGUCUCUGUGUACAGACCUGCUCAUCAUAAAGGAUAAAGACCUGGUAUAUUUCCAUGGUGAUUUUGGGAUGUAUGAGUCGAGCAUGGCUGAGAAGAAACUGCAUCUCACCAAAGUCAAGGAGGCGAAAGACAAACAGAAGGCCCAUAUAUCAGCCACCAUCCAGCGCAAUAUGCGAGAAGGAAAGAAGAAUGACGACGAAAACCGAAUCCGCCAGGCCAAGAUGAGACAGAAAAAGCUUGACGACCGUUGGGGCGUAGAGACCAGCGCCAAGGGCGGUAGAUUCAAACUCAACAGAGACCUUGUGGGAUAUCACUUCGCUGCUCGCGCCGAGGUUGAAAUCCCACAGGAUGAGAGGCCACCGAUAAUUGUAUUACCUGAGCCUCCUGAACUACGCUUCCCGGGGCCGCUGAUUUCCACAGAGGGCGUGACUUUCCGAUACUCUAAGGGAGAUAGGAAGCAGACUGCGUCGUCCCCGGCGGUGUUGCAAGACAUUAAUCUCUCAGUGAGCAUGGGAGACAGGGUUGGGAUCUUGGGACUCAAUGGCGCUGGUAAAUCGACACUAAUUAAACUGCUCGUCGACGAGGAGAAGCCUACCAAAGGGACGCUUACGACACAUCCGCGGCUGAAGCUUGGGUAUUACAGCCAACAAGCAGUGGAGAAACUCCAGCAGCUGGGCCGCUCCGAACCAAGUCUCACAUCGCUUGCGCUCUUGACGAGGGAGGUUGAGGGUGAGCUGGAUGAAGGUGAGCUUCGCGGCAUGUUGGGAUCCCUGGGACUUCCUGGACGAUUGGCCUCAGAUGUCCCCAUCCGCAAGCUCUCCGGUGGGCAGCUGGUGAGGUGCGAGUUGGGCCGGAUUUUGUGGAAACGUCCGCAUUGUUUGGUGUUGGACGAGGUGACGACACACCUAGAUUAUGAGACUGUUACAGCAUUACGUGAAGCGCUUAAUCACUGGGCGGGCGCGGUGAUUGUUGUCUCCCAUGACAGAUGGUUCAUGAGAGGCGCAGUGGAGGGCCUUGUCGAUGAUUCGAGCAGCGAAACGGAUGAGGACGAGGACGAGGAAAAUUCAAGGCGGAGAAUUAUGUACAGGCUUAAGAGCGGGUUACUCACCAAGCUUGAAAAUGGUGUUCAAGAAUUCGAGGAUCUCAUGGAAAAGAGGGUGAGGAAGUUGAUGGCCUCCUAA